CCUGCACUCUAUUGAUUUAUGAAUGGAAGCAGGGGCAGGACUAUAAAUACAGCGGAGCACCAGUCCACCACAUCUCCACAAUCUCACCGCAGUCUUCCACUUGCCUUCUGUUCAGGACACACCGGCACACCGAGAGCACGCACACCGGGAGCUGCACAAUGGAUGUCAUAGGGGCUUCAUCCCGCAGAAGAAUGCUCGAGACACGGGGCAUCCGCGCCUCCCCAUCUGCCAGCCUCAGGUCUUACUCCUGGUCUCAGAGAGCCCCCGGCUCCACGUCCAUGUCCUACAAAAGAGCCACCAACGUGCCAGCAAGCAGGGCAUACACGAGCGCGUCCGCAGCAGUCUUAGCCACGCCAGGCAGCCUAGAACUCUCAUCCGCGCUCAAUGCCGACCACGCGCGCAACAACGAGAAGGAACAGCUUCAAGGGCUGAAUGACCGAUUCGUCAGUUAUAUUGAUAAAGUCCGUUAUCUGGAAGAGCAGAAUAAACUGCUGGAGACUGAAAUUCAAGAACUCCGGCAGAGAAAGUUCACGCAGUCAAAACUUAGUGAUGCAUUCGACCAAGAGCUGAGUGAACUCCGUUCCACGCUAGAGCAGCUGCACAGAGAGAAGGCUCAGAUCAUUGUUGAUGCAGAUAACAUCGAAGAAGACAUUCACCGUCUGAAAAAUCGCUAUGAGGAUGAAGCACGCCUUAGAGAAAAAACGGAGAUUGCAAUCCGGGAACUGAAUCAGGAAAAAGAAAACUCGGUUCUGAUUAAAUCGGACCUGGAGAAAAAAGUUCAGUCUCUCUUGGAUGAAGCAGACUUCCUGCGCAGUAACCACGAAGAGGAGGUCGGCGAACUCCUUGCUCAGCUCCAGGAGGCGCAGGUGCCUGUGGAUAUGAGGGAGUUCAGUAAAACGGACAUCACAUCCGCGCUCCGGGAAAUCCGCGCGCAACUGGACGGCCUCUCCUCACAAAACCUGCAUCAAGCGGAAGAGGUGUUCCAGUGCCGCUAUGCCAAACUUUCGGACGCGGCAGAUCAGAACAAGGACGCGAUCAAAUCUGUUCGGGAUGAGAUCGCAGAUUAUCGCCGGCAGUUGCAGGUGAAGAAUGUCGAACUGGAGGCUCUCCAUGGCACGAAGGACUCCCUGGACAGACAGCUGAAUGACACUGAAGACCGUCAUAACAACGACCUAGGCAGCUACCAGGAUAUGAUCCAUCAGCUGGACAGCGAGCUGAAGGGAAUGAAGAGGGAGAUGUCUCACCACCUCAGGGAAUACCAGGAUCUGCUCAAUGUCAAGAUGGCUCUGGAUGCUGAGAUCGCUGCCUACAGGAAUCUUCUGGAGGGUGAAGAGACUCGCUUUAGGGGUUUUGUUGAUUCCUACCCAAGUCCCGCCUUCCCAUACCGUCAGCCAAUGACCUCCAAAGCAAAGAAAGAGGACAAACAGGCAGACCUGAACGAGGAACUGGCCGCCGUAGCGGAGGAGCUCCAGGCAGAGGGGGGUGAGGAAGAGGAGGGGGAUGAGGAAGAGCAGGAGGCUGUGGAAGAAGAGGUGGCUGCCUCCAAGCAGCCUAAAGUGAGUGCUACACCCCCUACAGGAGAGGAGGAGGAGGGUGAUGAGGAGGAGGAAGAAAGAGUAGAGGAAGGGGAGGAGGAAGAAAAAGUAGAGGGGGAUAAGGAGGAGGGAGAGGAGGAAGAGAAGGCAGAUGCUGAGGAAGAGGAAGAAACCAGCAAAGGAUCUAAAGAUGAGGAGCAGGAUGAUAAAGAACAAGAGUCAGGAGAGAAAGAGAAAAAGAGUGACUCAGGAGAGGAGAAGAAGAGUGAUAUAGAGAAAAAGGAGAAGAAGAGUGACUCAGAAGGAGAGGAGAAGAAGAAGAGUGAUUCAGAAGGAGAGGAGAAGAAGAAGGAGAAGAGUCAUACAGAGAAAGAGGAGAAGAAGAGUGAUACAGAGAAAGAGGAGAAGAAGAGUGAUUCAGAAGGAGAGGAGAAGAAGAGUGAUACAGAGAAAGAGGAGAAGAAGAGUGAUUCAGGGGGAGAGGAGAAGAAGAGUGAUACAGAGAAAGAGGAGAAGAAGAGUGAUUCAGAAGGAGAAGAGAAGAAGAGUGACACAGAGAAAGAGGAGAAGAAAGGUGAUACAGAGAAAGAGAAGGAGGAGGAGAAGGAGGAGGAAGAGGCAGCUGUCACCAACGGAGAACAGAAGAGUCCCACCCAGACAGCUGGAAGCCCAAAAGAGGAGGUGGUUCUGACCCAAACCGUAGAGACCAUCACCAACGGAGAGAAGGUCGCCCCCAAGCCUGCCAAGAGCAAGGCAGCCGUGGAGGUCAAAGAGGAAAAACCCACCCCCAAGACAUCUGCCCCAGCCUCUACUGCCCCAGCCUCUAAAGAGGUGAAAGAGAAGUAAUACGUAACACUACGAGUCAAAACUACUAAGACAAGCUACAGCAAGUGAUUAUAGCUGCAUGUAAUGCUGAAUAUGGUUAAGGAGGAGAGAUGUUUGGGCAUAUGUCAGGGAUAGGAUCUACAUGAGAACAAAUAUGCAUAAACACUAUGAGACCUUAGAGCUUCAGAAGAGAGUGAGUACUGAGUUGGUGCUAUGCUGGCAUGAGAAAGGUCA